GCAACUUGUAGCUCCUGGCUGAUUGCAGCCGCCGGCCACUCGCGCAGAGGUGGGACCGAGCAGGGCACGCCGGACGGUCGCAUGGAGAGCUGCGGUGGGACUCCCCGGUCUGGGGCCCAUGGGGCGUCAGGAGAGUCCCCUCACUGUCCGCUGCCGCCUGGGGGUGAGGGCGCAGCGGGGUCAGCGGAGCCCGACGGGGCGGCGGCGGGCGCUGCAGUAAGCAGCAGUGGCGGCGGCGAGGUCGGGCCGCGGCGGGCUCUGCGGGCAGUAUACGUGUGCGGUGAGAGCUCCCAGAGCGGCGCGGCCGGCGGCCCGGAGGCGGGGGCACGGCAGUGCUUGCUGUGGGCCUGCGAAGCCGAGGGCGCUCAUCUCACUUCCGUGCCCUUCGGGGAACUUGACUUCGGGGAGACCGCCGUGCUCGACGCCUUCUACGAUGCAGAUGUUGCCGUGGUGGACAUGAGCGAUGUCUCCAGACAGCCUUCCCUCUUCUACCACCUUGGAGUCCGUGAAAGCUUCGACAUGGCCAAUAACGUGGUCCUGUAUCAUGACACUGAUGCUGACACUGCUCUCUCAUUGAAGGCAUCUUGUGGAAAUUAUUAUUUCAUUCCCUACAUCAUAACACCAUGCGCGGACUACUUCUGCUGCGAGAGUGACGCCCAGAGACGAGCCUCGGAAUACAUGCAGCCCAACUGGGACAGCGUCCUGGGUCCACUGCGCGUGCCCCUCAUGGACAGGUUCAUUAGCCUCCUCAAGGAUAUCCACGUGACCUCAUGCACCUACUACAAAGAGACCUUGUUAAAUGACAUCCGGAAAGCCAGAGAGAAAUAUCAGGGCGAGGAACUGGCAAAGGAGCUGGCUCGGAUCAAACUGCGCAUGGAUAAUACUGAGGUUCUGACCUCAGACAUCAUUAUUAACUUACUCCUGUCCUACCGUGACAUCCAGGACUACGAUGCAAUGGUGAAGCUGGUAGAAACACUGGAGAUGCUGCCUACAUGUGAUUUGGCUGAUCAGCAUAAUAUUAAAUUCCACUAUGCGUUUGCACUGAAUAGGAGAAACAGCACAGGUGACCGUGAGAAGGCCCUUCAGGUCAUGCUUCAGGUUCUGCAGAGCUGUGAUCACCCAGCCCCUGACAUGUUCUGCCUGUGUGGGAGGAUCUACAAGGACAUCUUUUUGGAUUCAGACUGCAAAGAUGACAGCAGUCGAGACAGUGCCAUUGAGUGGUAUCGCAAAGGAUUUGAACUGCAAUCAUCUCUUUAUUCGGGGAUUAAUCUUGCCGUUUUGCUGAUAGUUGCCGGACAGCAAUUUGAGACUUCCAUGGAACUAAGGAAAAUAGGUGUCCGGCUGAACAGUUUGUUGGGAAGAAAAGGGAGCUUGGAGAAAAUGAGCAAUUACUGGGAUGUGGGUCAGUUCUUCAACGUUAGCAUGUUGGCCAGUGAUGUCGGGAAGGCUGUCCAGGCAGCAGAGAAGUUGUUCAAACUGAAGCCUCCAGUAUGGUACCUGCGAUCAUUAGUUCAGAAUGUGUUAUUAAUUCAGCGCUUCAAGAAAUCCAUUAUUGAACAUUCACCCAGGCAAGAACGCCUUAACUUCUGGUUAGAUAUAAUUUUUGAGGCAACAAAUGAAGUUACAAAUGGACUCCGAUUUCCAGUUCUGGUGAUAGAGCCAACCAAAGUCUACCAGCCUUCUUAUGUUUCUAUAAACAAUGAAGCUGAAGAGAGAACUGUUUCUUUAUGGCAUGUCUCACCCACGGAAAUGAAACAAAUCCAUGAGUGGAAUUUUACAGCCUCUUCCAUAAAGGGAAUAAGCCUAUCCAAGUUUGAUGAACGGUGUUGUUUUCUUUAUGUCCAUGAUAAUUCUGACGACUUUCAAAUCUAUUUUUCCACUGAAGACCAGUGUAGCAGAUUUUGUUCUUUGGUCAAAGAGAUGAUAACCAAUGCAGUGGGUGUUGCAGUGGAGCUGGAGGUAGAAACCGAUGGAGACACCUUAGAGUAUGAGUAUGACCAUGAUGCAAAUGGCGAGAGAGUUGUCCUGGGGAAAGGCACAUAUGGGAUUGUGUACGCCGGCCGAGAUCUGAGCAACCAAGUACGAAUAGCCAUCAAAGAAAUCCCAGAGAGAGAUAGCAGAUACUCGCAGCCUCUGCAUGAGGAGAUAGCCCUGCACAAGUACCUCAAGCACCGCAAUAUCGUUCAGUACCUGGGCUCGGUUUCGGAGAAUGGCUACAUUAAGAUAUUUAUGGAGCAGGUGCCUGGAGGAAGCCUGUCUGCUCUUUUGCGAUCCAAAUGGGGGCCGAUGAAGGAGCCCACAAUCAAGUUUUACACCAAACAGAUCCUGGAAGGCCUUAAGUAUCUCCACGAAAACCAGAUAGUGCACAGAGAUAUAAAGGGCGAUAAUGUGCUGGUAAACACCUACAGUGGAGUGGUGAAAAUCUCUGAUUUUGGAACCUCUAAACGUCUUGCGGGAGUGAAUCCGUGCACAGAGACUUUUGCAGGCACUCUGCAGUACAUGGCCCCUGAGAUUAUCGAUCAAGGACCUCGCGGGUAUGGUGCCCCAGCAGAUAUCUGGUCCCUGGGCUGCACUAUCAUCGAGAUGGCCACCAGCAGGCCCCCAUUCCACGAGCUUGGGGAGCCACAGGCAGCGAUGUUCAAAGUGGGGAUGUUUAAGAUUCAUCCUGAGAUUCCAGAAGCCCUUUCAGCCGAAGCCAGAGCCUUCAUUUUAUCCUGCUUUGAGCCUGACCCCCACAAGCGUGUCACUGCCACUGACCUACUCAGAGAGGGUUUCUUAAGACAGGUGAACAAGGGCAAGAAGAACCGAAUUGCCUUCAAGCCCUCAGAGGGUGCCCAUGGUGCGGUCCUGGCCCUACCCUCGUCGGGGGAGCCCACAGGCAGCAGCAGCAGUGAGCACAGCUCGGUCUCCCCAGACUCGGAUGCCCAGCCUGACGCGUUCUUUGAGAGGGCCCAGGUGUCCAAGCACCAGCUCAGCCACCUUUUCAGUGUUCCGGAUGAGAGCUUGGCUUCAGAAGACCGGAGCACAAACUUGUCCCCAGAGGACAGGGACCCAGGCCUCUUCCUGCUGCGCAAGGACAGUGAGCGCCGUGCCAUCCUAUAUAAGAUCCUUUGGGAGGAACAGAACCAGGUGGCUUCCAACCUGCAGGAGUGUGUGGCCCAGAGUUCAGAAGAGCUGCAUCUCUCAGUUGGCCACAUCAAGCAAAUAAUUGGGAUCCUGAGGGACUUCAUCCGCUCCCCAGAGCACAGGGUGAUGGCGUCCACCAUAUCAAAGCUCAAGGUGGACCUGGACUUUGACAGCUCAUCCAUCAGCCAGAUUCACCUGGUACUGUUUGGAUUUCAGGAUGCCGUAAAUAAAAUUUUGAGGAACCACUUAAUUAGGCCCCACUGGAUGUUCGCAAUGGACAAUAUCAUCCGCCGAGCAGUGCAGGCCGCGGUCACCAUUCUCAUUCCAGAGCUCCAAGUCCACUUUGAGCCUGCCUCUGAGACUGAAGGGGCAGAGAAGGACUUAGAUGAGGUGGAAGAGGACUAUCCCCCGGCAACCCUGCCCGGCAGUGAAGCACCCAUCACCUGUGGGAAGACCAGGCCCAGGUCAGUGGUGGUCCAGGAGGCUCUGCCCCACCAGCGCCACCAGCAGCACCUGAACCUCCAACUAGGCCAGCUCAGACAGGAGACCAACAGACUUUUGGAACAUUUAGUUCAAAAAGAAAAAGAAUACCAGAAUCUUCUACGGCAAACUCUAGAACAGAAAACUCAAGAAUUACAUCACCUUCAGUUACAAUUCAAAUCUAAUGAUAUUACAGAGAACCCAGCACCCCCCCAUGGGCAGAGAGCAGAUAAAGAGCUUAUAGACUGGCUGCAGAUGCAAGGAGCAGAUACAAAUACGAUUGAAAAGAUUGUCAAAGAGGGUUAUACACUUUCUGAUAUUCUUAAUGAUAUCACUAAAGAAGAUCUCAGAUACCUUCGACUACGUGGUGGUCUCCUCUGUAGGCUCUGGAAUGCAGUCUCCCAGUACAGAAGAAGGGCUCAGGAGUCCUCAGCAACCAAAGAUUAGGUUUACUGACAAUCAGCUCAGCCAGGGCACAGAGUGGGCAAAUAUGCUACAUCGAUUGUU